AUGAACAAAAACGGAACAGCUAAAAUGAAUGAUAAUCAAAUAAGAGCCGAAGGUAGAAGGUUAUUUAAACGCUUCUAUAACAUUCCUGAUGGUGUUAAUCCUAAAACUCGUAGAAGUUAUUUAAAUGAAGCCAUAGAUGCAUAUGAAGGAUUUGACAUUUCAUCAGAAAGUGAGAGGUUAGCAAGAAUGUUAAACGUUAAUAUUGAUUUUUAUUAUUGUGACCCUCAACCAGAAGACGUAGACAUAAAUAAGGUAGACUUUCCAUUAGUGGAAUCAAUAAUGAUAGAUCCAGAAUUUGAAACAGUAAAUAUUUUAUUAACACAGAGUCCAUGUGGAAAACUUCACGCUGACAGAAUUACAGACGUUGAAGCACUCACAGGAUAUAAAGUUUGCCCCUUUUGCAAAGAAGAAGUAUAUUCUAUCCGUGAUGACCCAGAAAGGAAAAACCAAAGAAGAUUUUUAAAACAUUGUGAGAAAUGUAAAGAAAAUAAUGGAAGAUUAAUUCAAGACGUUCAAUUGCAAAACACACAACAACCAUAUGCACCACAUAUCACGAAACAGAAGAUAUAUCAAUGGCUAUUAGCUCACAAUUUGCAGGAAUAUUAUAAACCAACAAGAUAUUAUAUUACUUUUGACUUCGAAACAUUAGAGACUAAAGAAGAACUUCAACUUUCUGAAUGUGCAACUUUGAACGCUUACUUAAAACCAUUUAUGGUAUCAUCAACUGUCAAAAUAAAGCCGCAAACGGACUCUUUGAGUCCUGAAGGUCUUUCAGACCGAAGCGGCGAGGUCGUAGACCGUGAUAAAACAUUUACGAGGAAUUUUUGCUUAACAUCAAGUGAUUCGUUCAUCUCUGAUUGGAUUGAAUUUUUAUUUUCAACCUGUUCAUUAGUUGCUAAAUCAAAUAUUGAACAAUAUGAAGAAUUAAUGAAGCCGCAAACGGACCAAACGGCGGGGACUUUGUCCCAUACAUUAAAUGAAAAACAGAAGGAAGCAUUUAAAGAACUUCUAGAUGAGGAAUUCAAUAAAGUGAAUAUCAUAGGUUUUAAUUCGGGAAAGUUUGAUUUAAAUUUAAUUCUUCGUGAUUUAAACACUGCAAAAUGGAAAAUAAAAUCAAUGCUGGGUUCUUCUUCUCAAUUUAAGCAAAUCAUUGUAAAGAAAACAAACUGUCCAUAUGAAUUAAGAUUUAUUGACAUCAGAAAUUAUAUAGCGGGUGGAACAUUAGACCAAUUCACUCAAGAUUUCGGAAACAAUAAAUCACGUGUUAAAUCCUUUUUCCCUUAUCAAUUCAUCACAUGGGAGAAUUACGAAGAUGAAUUAUAUAAAGUGGAACCAUUCACUCAAGAUUCAUUUUAUUCAGCAUUAACUCAAGAAACAAUAUCCGAUUCAGAUUAUCAAAUAUAUCUCAAUGAUGCUAAAAAUUUUGAGAAUAGAUUAGAAUAUUUUAUUCAUUAUUGCAAUAAAGACGUUGAAAUUAUGAUUGACCCAAUUGAUAAAAUUAUUGAAGAAACAUUUGUUUAUAAAAUUGACAUGCUUCAUAAUCUUUCUUUAUCAUCGAAUGCAUCAAUGAUUCGUUACGCGUUAGCAUAUAAGAACUUCAAUCCUAACGAAACAUAUCCAGAAGAAGAAAAUGUGGAAUCAAGUUUUGAAUUAACAAAAAAGUAUUGGAAAUAUAAAAUUGAUUCAUAUAAGAAACAAGAUGAAAAAGCAGAAAGGGAUACUAAAAACAAUGUUUCAAUGGAUGACUAUCAAUACUAUCACGAUUUAAUCCUUUCAUCUAAAUGCAAAAUGUGUGGUAAAGCGUUUACAUAUGCUAAUAAACCAACAUUAGAUAGAAUCGAUAAUGAAAAACCACAUACCAAAGAAAAUUGUCAGUUAAUGUGUUGUUAUUGCAAUGUCGUAAAAUCAAAUAAAGAUGAAGAU